AUGGCGACGUUCCAAAUUCAUUACGGCCGCGAGGAGACACGGCUCGAAAAGUGGCACCAACUCUGCAACGAUUGUGGUGUGCAACCCGCCUCUUCAAUCACUAAAUGCAAAAGUGCCCUUCGUGCUGUGGCGGUCAACAUUUGGGAUUUAAUCAAGGCACGUGAGACCGGGAAUCUGCCUGUUCGCACGUUCAGGAGUAAGGCAGAGCUUCGUGUGGACCUUUAUAGACCGGGCAGACGCUUUCCCCUAAGCAGAGUGAAAGCAUCAGAAGACAACAAAUUGUUGCGUGCGUUGCUUGUAACAAUUCAGUAG